AUGGCAAAUAUCAACUUUCAUUUCAAAACAAAUUACGCUGUUUCAAGUAAGAUUGAACCUUUUUACAAAGGUGGAAAAGUGCAGAUCAGCAAAGAUGAAAAAUACAUCUUUUGCACCUGUGGAUCUCGAGUUAAUGUUUUGGAGAUCAGUACCGGGAAGGUCAUCCACAGCAUUGAGCAUGAUGAUCAAGAAGACAUCACAUCGUUUGCGUUGAGCUGUGAUGAUGAGAUGCUUGUAACAGCCAGUAGAGCGCUUCUUCUGAAGCAGUGGGACUGGAGGCAACCACAAUGUACUCGCUCCUGGAAGGCCAUACACACAGUUCCCAUAGCCAGCAUGACUUUUGACUCCACCUCCACACUCUUGGCAACAGGCGGCUGUGAUGGCACUGUCAAGCUUUGGGAUGUGGUGAAGCAAUACUGCACUCACAACCUUAAGGGUGCUUCUGGUGUUGUGCACCUAGUUGAGUUCCACCCAGACACAGACCGUCUGCAGCUCUUCACAUCAUCAGUGGACUGCGGCAUUCGGCUUUGGGACCUGCGCACCAGCCAGGUUGUGUGCGUGCUUCAGAGCCACUACAGCGCCGUCACUUCACUCAGCUUCAGCUCUGAUGGCAACACCAUGAUCAGCUCGGGGAGGGACAAAAUCUGCACUGUUUGGGAUCUGAAAAGCCUGACAGUGAAGAGAACUGUACCUGUCUUUGAGGCGGUGGAAGGUGUUUUAAUUCUGCCUACGACAUUAGACCUCUCUCAAAUUGAAGUGAAGAACAAAGACUUGCAUUUCAUCACAGCUGGCAGCAAAGGCAUGUUGAGAGUGUGGGAGGCCAGUACGGGCCGCUGUGUCUACCAGCAGCCUCGGCCGACCAAUCUCAGUUCACCUCCAGAGGGGGAGGAGAAGGACGACGGUGAUCCCCGCAGUCUCACAUACUUGCUUGACCUGCCCGCGUCCGCCAGGCUGGCCACCGUCACAGCAGAGCACAACAUCGUUCUCUACCAGCUUCCUGCUCUCAGCACACAGCAGCAGUUUGUGGGUUACAAUGACGAGGUGCUGGACGUGAAAUUCCUGGGCCAAAAUGACAGCCACAUUGUGGUGGCGACCAACAGCUGCCAGCUCAAAGUGUUUGAGUUGCUCACCAACAGCUGCCAGAUCCUCUACGGGCACUCUGAUACUGUGUUGUCAUUGGAUGUGUUCAAAAAAGGCUUUGUCUUUGCAAGCUGCGCAAAGGACAGGUCAUUGCGUGUGUGGCAAAUGGACGCUGAUAGUGGCCAUGUCCGCUGCGUGGCUGUCGGCGCCAACCACGCUAACGCCGUUGGCUCCAUUUCGUUCUCCAGGUUGAAAGCAUCCUUCCUAGUGUCCGGUAGUCAGGACUGUACUGUGAAGGUGUGGGAUCUCCCCCCAGACUUAUCCACUGCAGCCACGGACUUGCAUCAGCUGAUUGCACGUACUACGGAGAAUGCUCACGAUAAGGAUGUCAACAGCGUGGCCGUUUCGCCCAACGACAAGCUGCUGGCUUCCGGCUCGCAGGACCGCACGGCCAAGCUGUGGUCCCUGGCGAGCCAGGGGACUAUCAAUCUGCUAGGCGUGUUUCGGGGCCACCGGCGCGGCGUCUGGUCUGUGUGCUUCUCGCCCGUUGACCAGGUGCUGGUCACUUCUUCCGCUGACGGUACCAUCAAGUUGUGGAGCCUGCAGGACUUCAGCUGUCUCAAGACAUUUGAAGGGCACGACGCCUCCGUGUUGAAGGUCAUCUUUGUGAGCCGAGGCACACAGCUGGUCAGCAGCGGCUCGGAUGGUCUGGUCAAACUGUGGACCAUCAAGACCAACGAGUGCGUGAAGACGCUUGACGGUCACCAGGACAAAGUCUGGGGGCUCCAUAGCAGCAGGAAGGACGACAAGAUGGUGACCGGUUCUGCCGACUCCAACAUAACCGUGUGGACGGACGUGACGGAAAUCGAGCUGGCUGAGGAGCAAGCCAAGCAGGAGGAUCAGAUUAUGAAGCAGCAGGAGUUGUCCAACCUGCUUCAUGAGAAGAAAUACUUGAAAGCUCUGGGCCUCGCUAUCUCGUUGGACCAGCCGCACACAGUCCUGUCCGUAAUUAAAGCAAUCCGACAAGAGGAAGACUGCAGUGAGCUUUUGGAAAAGACAGUUUUGAAACUUCGAGUGGAUCAGAAAGAGGCUCUACUGCGCUACUGUGGGGUAUGGAACACCAAUGCCAGGAACUGUCUAGAUGCCCAAGUGGUCCUCAAAGUUCUGCUCACUCACCUACCACCUGAAGAGCUGCUGCAGUAUCAGGGAGCCCGCACUGUUUUGGAGGGCCUUAUACCGUACACAGAGAGACACAUGCAGCGGAUCGGCCGUCUCCUGCAGGCGUCCAUGUUCCUGAACUACAUGUGGCAGAAGAUGAGAGUAGCCGGAGCGCCGGCUAGCAUGGACCAAGAUGAAGAAAUGGACACUACUCCUCUUGGCUCUGAACCCGUGUUUAUGAUCAGCAAAGAGGGGUCAAAAGCUAGCCAAGACAGCCACGAUGCGGGCGAUAGUGAAAACGAACUUAAAGAGGAAGAAGACAGCGAUGACGAUGAGGUGAGUGCCACCAACAAAGCCACCACAAAUGGCAACCACCACCCAGAGAGCGCGGAGAUUUCUGAUGAGGAAGACGUGGAAGAAGACGAGCGGGAUCAAAUGAUAGUGAAAGCUGCAAAACAUCUUGCAACUUCCUCUUUUUCACAAGGCUCUACUGUCACCAGCUGA